AUGACUACAUCACGAAGACAACUAAAACGAUCUAUAGCUUUAUCUUCUACAACUCUUGUUGGUAUAGCCGAUGAACAGGAUUCAACAGUAUGUUGUUCAAAUAGAAAUUGUCCAUCACAUUGGCAAAAUCGUUUAACAGAAAAACUUAGAAAUCUUCAACAAUCUAAAUUAAAAAGUUCUUCUUCAAUCUUACCUACUGCACAAUGUAAACAUCGUUUUAAAUUAGAUUAUUCGAAUAUUUUAUCAAAAUUAUUACAAAUAAAUGAAUUAGACGAAAACAAUCAUGAAAUAUAUUCAAAACCAAUAGCUAAGUCAAUUAUACUUAAUAAACAUGAUUUAUUUAUUAAUCAAAUAUCAAAAUCAUUUGAUAAUUUAACAUCGAUAUUUAUUAAAAAUAAUCUUGAUUCACAAAUGAAAUAUCGAAUAAUUCCAUUAGUUUCUGAUCCAUUUUCUGAACAGAUGGAUCGUAUGGAAGUUUCAAAACAAUUGAAAAUUAAUCUUCUUCGUAUAAAUCAUAUUCAUGUAAAUUGUCGUUUACCAGUUAAAAUUAUCUCAGCACCUAUAUGGACUCGUUUAGCUGUUCAUGUUAUUGUACAAGAUGAAAAUUCUGAUUGUCUUCGUUUAUCAAUUUAUAACUGGUCACCUAUUAUUGACACAAGACAAAUUAAAUCAUAUGACUAUAUACAAAAACGUUUAACAAAUUUAUUACCCAUGAAUUCAUGUAUUGUAAUAUUAGAUCCAUGGUUAAAAACAUGUUACGAUGGUGAUAUUUCAUUACGUUGUGAAUCACCAAAUACACAUUUGUUAAUGAUUGAUUUUGAAACACGAUGCUCAACAAGUAAUAAAUUUAACGUUGAACAAUUGAGACAAAUGGGAAAUGCUUGUUAUCAAGUUGAUGAUAAUCUUGGUGCAAUCGAAUUUUAUUCGUUUGCAUUAGGACAACUUGAUGAACAUCAAGAAAAAGAAUUAAUGUUAAAAGGACAAUCAAUAGGUCCAAAAACUGAUGAACGUGAACAACACCGCCUUCGUCUUUUAUCCAAUCGAUCUGCUUGUUAUCUACGUGAAGGUCAUGCUGCUUUAGCUUUAGCUGAUACUGGCAUUCUUUUUUCGUUUCACGGGCUAUCUCAUUUUCUUGAAUCACCAGCAGCAGCAACUAGCAAACUUAUAUUUCGUUGCAUAAGUGCGCAUCUUUAUUUAGGUUUAUUUGAUAAAGUCGAAAUGUUAUUAAAAUCCCAUAGAUUUGGUGUUGGUUUAUGUGGAAAAGAAAACCCAGCAUCUAUGGCUACACUUGAAAACGAGGUGAUACGCUUAAAAGUUGAAGCUACAAGAGGCCGGUAUGAUCUUCAAGAAAUGUUAGAUGAACAAGUCACUAGUAAAUCGCAAAUGAUGUUUGUUGAUUUAUCUCAUCAUCAUGCUAAAUAUGAAAGAAAUGAUUUAUUUGAAAUUCGACCUUGCCAAACACAUGAAUUAAGCAAAAAUGGAUAUCCACAUGGUUCUUAUGGUGUCUAUGCAUUAAAAGAUCUUAAACCAGGAACAUUAUUGAUUGUUGAACAACCAUUUGCAAGUAUUGAUAAUAGAGUUAUUGCUGAAGAAUACUGUCAUUCAAUAAAUUAUUGGCAAAAGAAAUCCAAAAUUGAAUAUUGUACAAAUGAUACGUUACGUUUAUUAAAUGAAAUUGAGAAACAACUAUUAAUUGGUGGUCCCACAUGGACAACUUUUGAUAAAAUUAAAUUAAUGCAACCCAUUCGGCAAUGGCUAGCAAAGCAUAUUGUUAAAAAUAUCAAUGAACAACACGAAAAUCAUGAUGUUAUUUCAGAUUUGUUAGAAAACUAUGAAAAAAUUGCAGCAGAAAAAAAACUAUGGAAAAAGCCAUUUAUCAAACAAUUGCCACCACCAUUACCUUAUAUCCCUUGGCGAAUUUUAUUUGAAACUCAGCAACAAAAUCCAUUCAAAUCUCAAUCAACAAACGGUUGGUAUCAAAUCGGUUCAAUGUUGAAUCACUCGUGUUUGCCUAAUUGUUUAUGGUAUUUAAUUGGUGAUUAUUUAUUUAUAUACGUAUGCUCAUCAAAUGUUCGACAAGGUGAUGAAUUAACAAUAUCCUAUUGUCCAUUAUGGAUAUCAUCGAUUAAUGAACGUACGAAACAACUUGGUCAAUAUGGCAUAAGGUCAUGUCAAUGCUUAUUAUGUUUGUAUGAUCGAUUAUCCAUAAAUGAAUAUGAAAAACAACUGAAAAAGUUUUCUUAUAUUCGUGCAUUAGUUCGACAAAAGAAUAUUUCAAAUUUAAAUCGUUUUAAUUAUUUGAAACAAUUAAAAUGUCAUUAUGAUAUUUUAACAAAAACAUUUCAUGAAAGACCAGUUGGUUUUAUUAAUGAAUUUGUUGAUUUCGAAGAUAUUUUAUCUUAUUUUCAAGGUGAAGACACCGAAACUGAUAUAAAAGAAUUUAUAAAAAGACAACAAACUUUGUUUCUUGGAUAUUUAUCAGAUGUUUGCCGUUUUACAUUACCAAAUGUAUCAAAUCCUAUUCUGUUAUUUGGAGCACAAAUAAAAUUAUUUAUCGAUCAUAUUGAACAAUUCUAUGCAUCUGACUUAAGUCAAUGGAGUCGUUUAUUUGAAUAUCUUUACGAAAUUUAUACCUUUAAUUGUCAUUCAGCGUCGAAUGAUGUACAAAAAACUUUACAAGAUCAUAAACAAUUGUUUAGCAAUCUUUUUCAAACACAAAGUUGUUUUCAACAUCCAUUUAUAAUCAACGAAAAAAACUCAGAUUAA